GCGACUGUCGUUCAGCCCUGCUAUUGGACAAAAAGCUGUCGUUCAGCAAAUCAUUUUGGCAUAAAAAUUACAACUUUAGGUUGCUGUUUGGAGGACAUCAGGAACAUGAAGUAUAGCGACAUGGUGGGGGUGGCUGCCAACGCGGUGGUGGUUUUGAGUCGAACCUAUCACUUGAUUGAAGCAUAGCCAGCUCUAAUAGCAGGAAUGCUUUUGAGGAAACGAUUGAAAUAGUGCCUUAACGUUACCGAUUUCCUGUACGUGCAUAUUUUGAAAGAAAGAAUGACUGAGUUGUCGAUGUAGAUGGUCAACGUUAAAGCUCUUAUAGCUUGCUAGCUUACCAAUUUGCCUUUGUUAUUCCCCCUCGUUCGGUCAGUUUCGCUCUCAGACGUACUAGACAUUUUAUCUAGAUUGCAUUUUCUUGCCAAAAUAAACAUUGCCAUGAAGAGAGCGAAUAGCUUUCAGAGGUUCAUGAACAGCCGAGCUGCAGCCAACUGCCGAUAUCAGCCCACCUGCUAUGAGCAUGCUGCUAACUGCUACACACACGCGUUCCUCAUUGUCCCAGCAUUCGUUGGCAUGGCUUUGCUGCACCGUCUCUCUGACGACCGCUGGGAGAAGAUUACCGCCUGGGUGUAUGGCAUGGGCCUGUGUGCACUCUUCUUGGUCUCCACCGUCUUUCACAUCAUCUCAUGGAAGAAGAGCCACAUGAGGUCGGUGGAGCAUUGUUUCCACAUGUGUGACCGCGUAGUUAUCUACUUCUUCAUCGCUGCCUCCUACACACCCUGGUUGAAUCUGCGUGAGCUGGGCCCUCUGGCGAGUCAUAUGAGGUGGUUUGUGUGGUUGAUGGCCGCCGCAGGGACUAUUUAUGUGUUCAACUAUCAUGAGAAGUAUAAACUGGUUGAACUAGCCUUUUACCUAACAAUGGGAUUUUUUCCUGCUUUGGUUGUGACCUCAAUGAACAACACCGAGGGUCUGCAUGAGCUGGCUUGCGGUGGUCUCAUCUACUGCCUGGGGGUGUUCUUCUUCAAGUCGGACGGGGUGAUACCAUUCGCCCAUGCCAUCUGGCACGUGUUUGUGGCACUGGCUGCAGCCGUGCACUACUACGCCAUCUGGAAAUACCUCUACCGGACCCCUGGGCCAGACGAAAUCAGGGAGGCCUAAUGGCCCAUCACUCGUCUCUGCCUCCAUCUCCUCUUCCUUCUCCUCUUUUCCCUUCUUUCUCCUCUUGUCUUGUCUUACCUCUCUAUGGCCUCUUCUGCUCCUGCUUCUGCACCUCCACCUGUUCUCCACUCACUAGCAGGCAGAUCAUGACCAUUCACACACACACACACACACACACACACACAAGACUCCUCUGCUCCUCCCCACCGGGCCAGACUCUGCAGAAGAAAACAAAAUUGACAGAAAACCACAAUAAUAACAACAACAGCAGCGGCAAAAGUUUACGAGUACAACUGUGUAUUGUUUACCAUUUUUGAAGCAACUGGAAAACGGCACUCACACAUUUCAGCCAUUGAGAGGAUCACAUUUCUUUCCUUUUUUGAAUUCUAAAGCUCAUGUCUGUCUCGGUAUGAGAAGGAGAGGAAACUCUCCUUUUCUGCUUUCAAAAUGCUCAAUCCUACUUGGGAAACGGCAGUAUAUAGUCCAUGUUCUUUGAAGCUCUUUGAUAUCACACCUUUCUAUUAUAAAACAUUCCACGGCAAAUGUCACACACAGGGAUUUUUAUCAAACAUUUUCUAGUCCUCACUCAAGACCAACACUGGAAGUUUGGUCAUGAGCUCCAUGUCAUUCUAGCAGUCACGCUUUUAUUCACACAAUACAUAUCCACUGAGGAUCACUCACUUCGACAUUUUAGCUCUUUGGUGCGUUUUUUGUACGGUGGUGUUGUCUGUACUCUCAAGCAGUAUUUGAAAGUGCUGACUUUCAUAUUUUUUUCCAAGGCGCUUUUGUAAUGCGAAGAACCACUUAUAUUUGAUAUCUUUGACUUUUGUUGAGUAUCUCUCGCCGUUGAGCAGCUUGUAAUGUUUCAAAGGCCCCAGAGUAAUCGUGUUGAAUGUGAUGAUUUUUUUUUUUAUUUUUUUUAACUAACCGAUAUCGGAAUGCUAUCAUUCAGUGACUGGCUGUGCCCUGUGAUGCUUUUUUUUGUGGAGUGAAAACAAGAGUAUCAUUGAAGCUGAUCAAAAAGUGUACAUUUUCUAUCGUUAGUGUUUCGAUAUUUACACUAAUCAGUGAUCAAACAUUUGCUGCCACUCCCGCAUUAUUUAUGCUUUUUGUCAGUACAUACUCACCACUCAGCUGAGAAAUGUAUGCUUAAAAGUCACAGCGACGCAGAGCUCAGUGCUUUUAAACCAGACCUCAUUCAAGGACAGACUUGCUUGGCUUGUGUAUGACUCAUGAUGAAGUCUCAUGUGGAAGCAGAAUCAAAUCUAGAAGAAAGGACUUGGAAUGAGAGAAUCAUAUUCAGCACUGUAUCAUCUGCCUAUUUAUUUUCAGCUGAAUAGAAAAGAAAUGUUUUCAGUAGACCCACAUGAUCAUACUGUGCUGUGCUGGACUCUUAUGGACUCCUAUCUGCAGUAUGGGAUUCAUCAGCCAUGCUGUGAGGGGGACUGAAUCACCAGAUGUGGCCAGUGUUCUCAAAUAUCACAUAGUUUUAACUUACCCUUAAACGCGGAAGGUACACAUCCAGAUUCUGGUAUUUCUGACCGGACCUUCGUGGGGUACCUACACGUGUGGCCAGUGUGAUCAAUACUCAGUGUUUUAAAUCGCAUGGUGGUUGGUAAAUGUGUGCUUUUAUCUGGUUUCACUUUUCUUUUCUUCUUCUGUGAACAUGUGAGAACCAAGGGUUGAUGAUUCUAAUUUUGAUAAAUGUGAGUAUUCAAACCACCCAAUGCCCAGUUUUGUAAUAUUUGUACAUUCUGUUUUGGCACAUAAUUCUGUACUGGCCUUUUGAAAAACAAAAAGUAAAAAAAAAAAGAUCUUCUAAUGCUACUUCUCUAUUUUAAGUAACCUUUUGGUGUUCUGGUGCUGUAUAUAAACAUUUGUGUCUGAUUCUUAAAAAGAUUUCAUAUGUGUUAAUACAAAAAUAAAGCCUUGUUUGACAUCA